AUGAUAGCAACAAUUCUCGAGAAGAUUACCUCCUCCAACAGGGAGGCCAGGCAGCUGGGACUUUUGCCUAUUGUCUUUGGCUGUGUGGCAUUUGCUAUCGCCUAUCAAAUACUCUAUACUUUCUUCCUCUCCCCGUUGAGGUCUGUGCCUGGUCCCCUAUUCGCCCGGUUCACACGGCUUUGGGAGCUGUACAUAUUGCACAAAGGUCACUUUCAUCGGGAUAUUGUUCGCAUGCACGAGGAACAAGGACCUGUUGUACGAAUUGCGCCUAAUAAAUACAGCUUCAGCGAAGCGGACGAUUUGAAGAAAAUAUAUGCAUUUGGUGGGAAGUUUCCGAAGUCCGAAUUUUACGAUCCUCAAGGCAAUCCUUUCCGUAAAAAUAUCUUCAAUGUCCGGGAUAUGACCGACCAUGCGGAUCGACGAAGGAAAUAUGCCUCCCUGUACUCGAUGUCUACCAUGGUUGCCUACGAGGACGCUGUCGACCGGAUGACCGCGGUCUGCAUAAGGAAGAUGCAACAGUUUUUGUCAGAAGAACGAUCCAUAUCCCUUCCACAGUUCAUGCAGUACUAUGCCUUUGACGUUAUUGGCGAAAUUUCAGUCGAUGAUAAUUUCGGGAUGAUGGAGAAGGAAGGUGAUACUGGUGACUUGAUCAAAUCCGUGCAUGCGGGCAUUCGGUACCACGCCCGCGUUGGACUAAUUCCAGAGACACACCCAUGGCUAGUGAGGAUUGGUGGUCUACUUACAAGCAGAAAUCCCUUUGCGUUCCUCGACGAGGUUUUUGCAAAGAAGAUUGCUUUGCAUAGCACUGAAGAGUUUAAACGAAAGCGAAAUCCGCGUGCGGAACCAUUUAUUACGAAACUUCUGGACAUGGAGGAGACGAAAAACCUCCCCCGUAUCCUCUCAAUCGAUUGUAUGGGAGCGAACAUUGGUGCUGGCUCUGAUACGACUGGUAUCUCCCUUGGGGCGGCGUUCUAUUUUCUCUACACGCACCAGGACAAACUGGCGAAACUUCGGGAAGAAAUUGACUUGGGUCAAGCGUCUGGUCAGAUCUCAGACCCCGUGACUUUUCAAGAAUCCCAAAGCAUGCCAUAUCUUCAAGCAGUCAUCAAGGAGACUUUGAGACUCCACCCUGCCGUGGGCUACAUUCUACCGAGAAUUGUCCCACAAGGCGGGGUAUAUCUUGCUGGACGACACUUCCCCGAAGGUACCGAAGUGGGUGUGAGUGCAUGGGUGCUGCACUAUGAUCGAAAAACGUUUGGGCCGGACCCUUACACAUAUCGACCGGAGCGUUGGCUAGAGUCUGAUGGCUCCUCGAAAGAGGAAAAGGAAACCAUGUUUUUCGCGUUCGGCGGGGGUGCCCGCACCUGCAUAGGCAAGAAUAUAAGUCUAUUGGAAAUGUGUAAGGUGAUCCCUCAGAUCGUCCGAAGAUUUGAUUUGGAAUUUGAUCGACCGGGUGAGCAGUGGGUUGAGGAUUGUGCUUGGUUUGUUUUCACUGAAUACAAAUGUCGGAUCCGAGAUCGACGGUGA